AUGACUGUUACAAACUCCCUUGCUAGAGUUUUCAAGUGUGGCUGCUCAUCUCUAAUUGUACCAGUUCAAGGAGAGUUCCUGAGGAUUACGGCUAGAGUGAGGAGUUGUGACAUCCAUGGACUGAAGGUGUUUCACACUAGAGUGAGGAGUUGUGACAUAUCAGUCUGCUUCUCAGAUGAUGAGAAGAAUGUCGUUAAAUCUUCGUAUUGGUUUUUUGACACCCACUUCUCUGUUUUCACACAAACCUUGCAGCAAAAAAACCCUUCACUUAAGACCCUCCUAUCCAUAGCUGGAGGAAUCGCCGAUGAUUCAGCCUUGUCUUCAAUGGCUAGCAAUGCCGGUACCCGAAAAACAUUCAUUGAUUCUUCAAUAACAAUAGGCAGUUCUUAUAACUUCCAUGGCCUUGACUUACACUGGGAAUUCCCAUCCACAACCACAGACAUGACCAACCUUGGUUUACUCUUCAAGGAGUGGCGAGAAGCCGUGGAAAAAGAGUCCAAGAACUCUAACAAGCCACAGUUGCUUCUAACUGCGGCGGUCUACUACUCAUCGGUAUUUUGUUCAUUGAGUUAUCCGGCUGAGGCUAUGGAAAACAACUUGGAUUGGAUCAAUGUAAUGGCUUUUGAUUUCGGUGCACCAACUUGGAAACCAAAUCUGACCGAAGCUCCAGCUGCAUUAUACAAUCCAUUCAGUGAGGUUAGCGGAGAUUCUGGGAUUAGUUCUUGGAUUCAGACUGGUUUUCCGGCCAGAAAAAUUGUAUUUGGUUUGCCAUACUAUGGCUAUGCAUGGAAGCUUAAAGAUGCUAAUAACCAUGGAUUUUUAGCACCAGCUAAUGGUCCUGAUAUAACGGCAAAUGGAGCAUUAGGUUAA